UGUCAGCGACUUGUCACACACUUUAACUCAUCUUUCUGACCAUAAACCUGCGAGUUUUAUGCCGGAAUCGAUUAGCUAGGAUCCUCGCUUUGUUGACAAGACUCCCGUCGAGCUGUAGCAACCAGUUUUCUGUCACGGCUAAAGCUAACUAGCGAACAAAAGUUUGAAAAGUUCCGCAUUGCUCGUCCGGAGAUUCAAUGUUGUGACGACAUAACUGUCUUAAGUGUUUCUUCUUUGUUGUGGGGUUUUGUUUAUUUGCCUUUUAAUUGUUGGAAUGUGUUAUUUUGUUGUGGGUGGGGACCGGGCGGAUAUGUGACUCACCUAGCUAGUGGUUGCUAACAACGUUAAGCUAAUAAGUAUAUUAAUCGCUUCUUUUAUAUAUACAUAUGUAUAUAUAUAAACAUGAAUUAAUGUAUAAAGGCUUAAUCGGACACUAAGAAUAUUAGCAGGCGCUUUACACCUUGUCUAACUUUUCGUCAUGUGAUUAGUGUUUGUUUGUUUAUUACGUAUGCGGAAGUGACACUUUAUGAGAAAUAAUUCAAAGCUCAUAAUGUAAAAAUGGAGCCAAAGGUGUUAAUAUGAGGCAAACUUUCCAGUGGAUGCUGCCUCACAAGAAAUUAACCUCAAAAUGAAGUAAACAAAGGAGCACAUAUUAAUGUCGGGCUGUGAUAGCAGUGUGUGGUAAGAUGCAGACCAUAAAAUGUGUGGUGGUGGGCGACGGCGCCGUGGGGAAGACCUGCCUGCUCAUCUCGUACACCACCAACAAAUUCCCGUCUGAAUACGUCCCCACGGUGUUUGAUAACUAUGCCGUGACGGUGAUGAUCGGUGGCGAGCCGUACACUCUUGGACUGUUUGACACCGCAGGCCAAGAGGACUAUGACAGACUGCGACCCCUCAGCUACCCCCAGACCGACGUCUUCCUCGUCUGCUUCUCCGUCGUGUCGCCCUCUUCCUUUGAGAACGUCAGAGAGAAGUGGGUGCCGGAGAUUUCCCACCACUGCCCGCGGACGCCGUUCCUGCUGGUUGGCACUCAAGUGGACCUGAGGGACGACAGCAACACCUUGGAGAAGCUGGCCAAGAACAAACAGCGAGCUCUGAACCCAGAGAGCGGCGAGAAGCUGUCGCGAGAGCUUAGGGCCGUCAAAUAUGUGGAGUGUUCAGCGCUGACGCAGAGAGGCCUGAAGAACGUGUUUGACGAGGCCAUCCUGGCGGCGCUGGAGCCUCCCGAGAACAAACCCAAGCGGCGCUGUGUCCUGCUCUAAGACGCCACUCGACCCAGAUGGCGGCGAGGUGAACCCGGGCUGCAGGGCGGGCGGGGUGGGGUGGGGCAGGGCGGGUAUUUAAAUGUGGCCUAAAUACGAAAGAGGAGACGAUUUUGUUGCCAUCUGUGAAACAUUUAAAGGAAAACUCUUCAGGCAAGCGAGCGCCUUAAAAGCCAAACGGAACUCUUCGCUCAUUGGACAAAAAGUGUUUGCCAUUUUAAAAGCCCCAAAUAAUGCUGAUUCUGCUCAACUCCUCAUUUUGAAUUGAACACCUGCAAGAUAAUUUAGAAAGAUAAUUGCCUCCUUCAGUAAACUUUACUGUUCUUUAACUGAAGUGCCUUCAUUAUAUGAGCAGAAGUUCGCCAUGAAGGUCUUAGAUCGUAGUUCCUCGUAGACUUUUAAGGUCAAACUAACUCUUUUAAUCACUUUCUGGACCAAAGGAGCCUGAAAUUACUCUUCUGUUUUCAGAGAUGAAGAGAGUCAUUGUGUGACUAAACCUUUUUUUAAGCACAUUUAGCUUUUUAUGGGCCCAAGUUAAUGUGACCUCAUCACUCCUUCCACCAAUGAAGCCCCAACUGCUGCUUAACACCACACCAACUCUUCCCAGUGCAGUCCAUUGUGUCGUGCAAUACCACUUAGUACCUCUUGAGACGCUAGCGAGUCUGCUAGCCAAGCUAAAUUCCUGGCAGAAACAACUUCCUGUUGGCAUGCUGACCCCUCGAGGUUGGCUGUUUGAAGUUGUAGGCUCCUCUAUGAAGGCCAGUACAUGAAUAAGGUUUUUUUUUUAUUUUAUUUUUUUAAUACUGACACAAGUCGAGUGUCCAAUCAGACGUUCCUUUUUACGAUGACUUCUUCACUGCUCUUUUAGCUGCAGAAUGAUGCUUUAGUAUUAUGAAUAUUUAUGAGGCCAUGUCCACACAAACAGGCACAUUUCUCUUAAAAUAAACCCACAUUCACAGGCUGACAAGGGCAUUUGUCCAAUGGGAAGCCUGAAAACACAGGUACACAAAAUGACAGUAGUUGAUGAGGAACGAACCUAACGUACCUAACCCGAACUCUAACCACUACUCAUUAGUGCCUCAGUACCUACUCUACUCAUUAGUUCAUUAGUUCCUCAAUGCCUACUCUACUCAUUACUUCAUUAGUCUCUCAGUACCUACUCUACUCAUUAGUGCCUCAGUACCUACUCUACUCAUUAGUCCCUCAGUACCCACUCUACUCAUUAGUGCCUCAGUACCCACUCUACUCAUUACUUCAUUAGUUCCUCAGUACCUACUCUACUCAUUACUUCAUUAGUCUCUCAGUACCUACUCAUUAGUUCCUCAGUACCUACUCUACUCAUUAGUGCCUCAGUACCUACUCUACUCAUUAGUGCCUCAGUACCUACUCUACUCAUUAGUUGCUUAGUACCUACUCUACUCAUUAGUUCCUUAGUACCGACUCUACUCAAUAGUUCCUUAGUACCUACUGUAUUUUUGUGUACCUUAUUGUAAAGUGAGACCAAACUGUUUUUAAGCCUAGAAAGCUAUGGUGGCGUGUGGACGCAAGGCCCAAACGCAUAGAAAAGAUGUUUUUUGUGUGGACAUGGCCUUGUUCUGUUCCGACUGUUACUUGACCGAGUGCCAACGUGACUUUUGGAAAGCGAUUAGCUUCUUCAACAACCAAUGUUUCAGCUGCUGGCAAUGAAUAAAAACCACUUGACCCUU